AAAGAAACUAAAAAGAAUGGUGACUUUAAACAUAGUAAUUAGUAAGCCCAAUUUCCUGACCCAAAAACCGAAGAGCCGUAGCUGUAGCAAUGUUGGCGAAGUGGAGCAGAGUCACCCGCCAUCUCUCCAGGAUUGGACUGGAAAGCAACUUCAAAUUUAGUACAGAUCUCCAUGUUUGUCCUCAUCGAAGUUACGCCAAAGUCGCAGCCGCUGCUGCUCCCAAUAUCGGUCAUUCGGAAAAGGGGGUAUCCGGCGGCCAUGUGGUGCAUUUGGAUAAAAUGUUUUUGUCGAAGCCUUGCUCUCUGGCUUUGCCCAAAGAUUCACCAUUGAGAAUGGACGAACCACAAUACGAGGGCAUUAAACGUCUUUUUCUCAGAAUGAUGCUGUUUUAUAGUAAACAAAGCAAGCAUAUUCGAGCUGCAAAUGUAAUAUACCAACGGGUCGUUUCACAAGUAGACAAACCUGCCAUAUAUGAUGUGUUCAAUUUGGAGAAAACAUUUAAAACUACAUUUUCUCUGCUUGUCCUUCACAUGUGGCUUUGUCUGCGACGCUUGAAAGAAGAAGGAAAGGAAGGUGUUGAACGUGGGCAAUACGUGUAUGAACUUUACAAUCAUGAUGUGGAGCUGAGAGUGUCUAAAGCUGGGGUCAAUUUGCUUUUGAUUCGUUGGAUGAAAGAUUUAGAAAAAAUCUUUUACGGAAAUAUUGUUGCUUACGAUUCUGCCAUCCUUCCAGAAGCUGGGAAAGAUGAGCUGCCCAACGUAAUAUGGAAGAACAUAUAUUCUGACGAUGGAUCAUCCAUGCCAAAUGGUGCUCCUGCAUUACGAGCUGUGCAGGCAAUGGCUAGGUACACUCGUCGUGAAGUUAGUUGCUUGUCCUUGACAGACAAAGAUGCAAUAUUUUCCGGGAACUUCAUGUUCACUUCAUUGGAGACCGGGAAGCCAAGCACAAAGGAUGGAAGGUGAUAAUUGCUGAAUGGUAAUGAUUGAGUUCUACCUUUCAAAGGAAAAAGAAGUCAUUUUAUUAGUAACUUACCAAAAUAAUAUCAAUAGAAUUUUUAGAGAAGGUCUUACUUCUUAUUGAAUCCAAUUUAUUCAUAGAGUUCAUUAUCUAUGAGGUGCCUUCACCGAUUUUCUUCUACCCUUUCAUUUGCUUGAUUUAGUUUUAUUUUAUUUUUGUUAGUCAGAAGCUUUGUAUGAAUAGAUGUAGAACAAAACAAGUAUUAGUCAUAAAGUUAUAUAAGGAACCAAAUGAUUAUGAACCAUGGUCAUAAAAGUUAUUGUAUUUUGUACCA